GCUUUAUCUGCUUUGAGAUAGAUGGUUCUUGUAGUUCCAUAGAACCAACGCUAAAGCCGUCAGUGUUCGUUUAGCUGUGAUGCUUUCAAUGUAAAGUGUAUAGCUGAUUUAUAAUAAAAUAGACGCAAUGAAACGUUUUAUAAUAAUAGUCUGCUUUUACUUUAUAUAUUUACACACGCGCUAGGCGUUCCGACAACUUGAAGAAAUGUUUGGUCGAGCAUGGAUUAAGAAAUAAAUUAUAUAAAAGAGCAAUCGGUGGUUCAAACAUAAACAGUUUGGAUCGAGAUGUGAAUGUUGAUUUGAAAGAAAAAUUGGCUUGCACUUUGGCGUGUUCCUUUCGCAAAGAGCAUUCAGGCAACGAAACUCUUCAUGCAAUUUUCACAGAAGCUUUGAAUUUUGGAAAUUUUCACAUUUUGGAAGAUGUAAAACAACAAAUGCGAGAAACUUUGAAUAACUGUUACACUGAAGUUGAGAGCAAUGACUGCAAGUUACUUCACUGCAUUAAAAUAAUUGAGUCACAAUUUAUGGACGUUGUUCUCGCAAUAACUAAUGAAAGACCAGUGAGAUUAAGCUUCGAAAAUACCAAUUCCGUCAAAAAAUUUAAAAAGAUAAAAUUUCGCAUCAAGUGGUUCAAAGUGAUGCAUAUGAUGAUAAGAUCGCUACAGCGGCAUAUUCCAUACAAACAAUAACAUUAACGAAAUAUAGUUAAAAACUAUAAUAAAAAUUGGGAAAUGUGUGUAAAUUAUCUUGAAUAAAAGUGCAUAGAAUAAUAUUCUCAAUACUUAUUUCCCUUAUAUUUGAUCCAUUAAAUCAUUAAUGAUAUCAUAUAAAAUUUGUGUAUUAUUUAAAUAUUUAAAUAACACUAUUUGAGUCGCUUGAUUCACAGUUUCACUAUUUAGUGUUAAUAAGCUCCAUUAAGCGCUAUGCCAAAUGGCAGUUUAUAAAGUGUGUCAUAAAGUGACAAUCAUUUUGAAGCAAGAGUUAAAGACGCCGGUGGCUUAAACGUGUGCACUCGACUAUACGUGAGCUGCAGUUGCAAUUCAAGUACCGCACGAUUACCAUCUUUUCACGAUGAAACGUUCCCUGGUCGUUUUGUCCUUUUGCUUCCUACUGUUGCAAUCUAUCGUGGCUGACGAUGAAUCGGAGGAACUGAAAGAAUGUUUGCAGGAUAAUGGACUUCCAACAAAUAUCCAUAAGGAGGUGGGAAAGGGCGAAUUUGAGAAGUUGAAAGACGUUCCGGAAAGCAAAAUUGCCUGCGUAAUAGCAUGUUCGUUCAACAAACGUAUACGAAGCAACGAUUUUCUUUUCACUUCCUUUGUAAAAGCUGUGAAUAAAGAUAAAUCAUUAGGAGAGGACCAGAAAAAAGAAAUGCUAGAAACCAUUAAUAGAUGCAGCAAAGAAGCCAAGGGUGACAACUGUAAAUUUUUAGACUGUCUUAAGAUAACGAAACCGCCAUUCGUAAACUUAAUCAUUACACCGAAAGAUGCGAAUGAUAAAAAAAUUUAAUCUAAUAAUACUAUGCUGUACCAUUUUUUUGUUUAAUAGCAUAGCUUGUAAAUAUGGAGAUUUAAAAGAUAAGAAGGAUAAGUAAAAUGUAAUAAAAUAUUACUAGAAUAAAAGACACGUGUUCAUUAAAUAUAACAAUGCUUUACUAUAAGAAGACAAAGAAAGAAUAAAUUCACAGUAUGUUUCA